AUGCCUCACAAGCAUAAGCGAAAGAGGGGUGAUGAUGGAGAUUAUGAACUCCCACCUUCCCAGAAAGCUCGGGCCCUUCCUGUAAAAGGCCAAUCUUCGUCGACGCAAGAGCCCAAGAGAAAGAACAAGAAGCGGAACAAGAACCAGGACGAUGCGCCGCGUGCUUUCAGACGGCUCAUGGCGGUGGCGCAGGGCAAGAAAUUUCGAUCGGGUCUUGAUAAUGGAGAUCGUAAAGAAUCAUCUACACAAGAGCCAGAGGCCGAGCCGUUACGGAUACGGCCCGGCGAGGACAUGCGAACCUUUGCCUCUCGCGUCGAUGCGGCGUUGCCCGUUUCCGGCCUCACCAAGAAGGCGAUUGUGAAGGACGGCAGGGACGAACAGGGAAUGAAAGUCUACAGAACGCGCAAGGAAAAGAAGAUGCACAAGCUCUACGACCAAUGGAGAGCAGAGGAACGCAAGAUUCACGAGCAGCGAGAGGACGAGCUUGAGCUGGAGGCCGAGAAGGAAUUGGAAAAUGAUGGUGUAAAUCUAAACACCACAUCAUCCUACAUCCUGGAUGAACCAUCAGGCGGGAAGAAGAAGAAGCGUGGCGGAAAGGACGAUCCUUGGGCAGUGCUCAGGAAGCGGAGGGGUGAGGGCAAGAUUGCCUUGCAUGACACGGCCCAGGCGCCUCCUGUACUUCACAAGCAAAAGACGCGGAUGCUGAAGGUUACGGACGGUGCCACAGUCGAUGUUGGGAGCAUUCCAAAAUCAGCUGGCAGUUUGAGACGCCGUGAAGAGCUGCAAGUGGUGAGGGACGAAAUUGUAGAUACGUAUAGGAAGCUUCGAGUACAGAAGCACGCUAGGAUUAUGGGCAAAGCCUCGUCUGAUUAG